AUGGACAUGUUGAAUGUGAUGUCCGCAGGUGCCCAUGAGUACAUGAAGAAGAUAGACCCACACCACUGGAGUAGGGCCUACUUCCAAACUAGAUUCAAGUGUGAUAUAUUGCUUAAUAACCUUUGUGAGUGCUUCAAUAGCCACAUCCUUGAAGCUAGGAUAAAAGGCAUUGUAACAAUGAAUGAGAUGAUCAGGACAAAGUUGAUGGUUAGGAUUCAGAAGAGAAGGGAUGCCAUGAAAAAAUGCACCACAGUUCACUGCCCUAGGAUACUUAAAAAGCUGGAAAAAAACAAGCAACUUAGUUGGUUAUACAAUUCAAUUUGGUCUGGUGGUGAUCAGUAUCAAGUGGUUGGGCCUGAUGGCCAAUUUGUGAUUAACAAAAAUGAGGGUACUUGCACCUGUAGGAAAUGGCAACUGACAGGAAUUCCCUGCAGUCAUGCCAUUUCAGUCAUUUACCACAAUAAAGACAAGCCAGAAAAUUUUUUAGAUGAUUGCUACAAAAUCAGUACCUUCUUGGAGACAUAUAGACACACAUUAAACCCCACACAAGACAGGGACUCAUGGCCUAAAAGUCAACAAGGGCCCAUGAUUCCACCUGAGCCAAUCACCAGGAGAAAGGGUAGGAAGACACUGCUCAGGAGAAGGGAAAUUGGUGAGGAUGAAAGAGGCUUUACAAAUGGCAGAGUCAAGAAGACAGGGGUCACCAUGAAGUGUAGUAUAUGCGGUGCUCCAGGCCACAAUAAAAGGCACCAUCAACGACCACAGGGUGAACCCUCAAGUGAAGCAGGACAACAUAACCCAAUGGAUGACAUUGAUCCACAUAUCCUGGAGGAGCAUUUUUGCCUUUGGUUGAUGCUAUGUAUGGACCCGACCCGAUCGGCGGCUACAACACGAGACACUAACCCGAGUGUAGACCCUUCUUCAGCAGGACUUGUUGUAGUUCUGACGUCUUUGGAGUAA